GUACGAUAGAAAAUCCAUUGUUUAGCCUAAACCCUUAACCCGUCAACGACAUCAGUUUUGGGCCCAGCCUACACAACACACAUUUCAUCUCCAUUUGGAGUAGGCCCGUUCCAUUACUCUUCACACGCACACACGUUCACGCACUCGCCCAGAAUGGGAGCUGAGGAGAAGACGGCGGAGCCGCCGCGCCAAGAUACCACGGCGGAGGAUACCAUCGACGCCUUGCUUGAGGCUGCUAGAUAUGAUGAUAUAGAUGAUAUCAGAAGCAUAGUGUCUGCUGGUGUUUCUCUGGAUUCUAAAGACUCUGAAGGCCGCACAGCGCUGCAUAUGGCUUCGGCAAAUGGACAUCUCGAAAUUGUCGAUUUUCUUAUCAGCAGUGGUGCGGACGUGAAUACAAGCAACACAGAGAAAAACACGCCUCUUCACUGGGCCUGUCUCAAUGGCCACAUUGAGGUUGUCAAACAUCUCAUCCUUGCUGGCGCCAGUCUCACGUCGCUCAACAGUCAUGAGAGGACUCCCGUUGAUGAGGCAGUCACUCGGGGCAAAAUGGAUGUCAUUGAUGCAAUUAAUGAAGCAGCUACCCAGGCUGAACUUGCGGGAACUCGAGUUUAGGACGCUGUAAAUUUGUUCGAUGAUUGGAUUAUAUGUCUGUGAAUGUGAUAUUGGUUUUAAUGUUGCUGUUGGGUUGAAAGUUGAGAGGAAUAUUUAUCUCUAGUGGUGAAGAUGAAAAAGCUGUGUAGCUUUAGGGAGAUUCUGCUAUGGUUUUAAUGUCUCUAUAGUCUAUUGGUGUAUGUGAAUGUGAGAUUGGUUUAGGACCAACUUUUUGUGUUACUUUUUUUAUCUCACUUUUUUUCCGACGAGACAGAAUUUUUUCAUAAAAAAAUUAUCCAAUCUGGUUACGCAAUCCAUAAACAUUUUGAGUGCA